UUUGUUAGAUUGAUCAAAGUUGAUAGUUGUUCUGCGGACGUAUACCAACAACAAAACGUUCUAUCGUGAAUAAAAUAAAAUUUAACUUAAUUUCAACAGUACGUUUAUCGAAUACACGGCAUCAAGAUGAUGAUGGACUACUUCGUGACGAACAAUUCCUUGGCACCUGCACCGAUGGGAAUACAAAGUACGGCAGGUGCUGUGCCUGUGAAGAAUGACAAAGGAGAGUUGUCUAUGAAAAAAGUGAAAGUACAUCGUUAUGUUUCUGGUAAGCGGCCGGAUUAUGCGGCAGCAAGCUCGGAUGAAGAGUCAGAAGAUGAGGACUUCCUUGAAAAACGGGUGCACAAAGGCUAUGAUGAUAACGAGACUGUUGCGGAUAUUAGCACACACUCGCACACAAGGACUAGGGAUGAAGAUGAUCCACGUUUGCGGAGAUUAACACGACAGCAGAAGGACGCACCAACCGAAGUACGUGUAGAAAGACACAGACAUAUUCACGAGCCUGAGCUCAUCGAGAUUGAGUUGGAGAGAACACGAGAGAGAAUCAAAUUAGAGAGCUCUGAUUCAUCCGAAGACGAAGAACUGUCAGAUUCCGAGAUAGAGAAACGACGCGAAGCUUUAAAACAGCGAGUGCUGUCCAAGAAAGAAACGGAAGAAGAACUGAUACAAGGCGAGGAAGAGGAUAGAUCAGGUGAAAGUUCCGAGGAGAGCUCGGAAUACGAAGAAUAUACGGAUUCCGAGGAGGAGACUGGACCACGAUUGAAGCCCGUGUUCGUUCGCAAGAAAGAUAGAAUUACAGUGAUGGAGAAAGAGAAGGAGGCGAUGCGGCAAAAGCAAGCAGAGGUCGAGGCUAAAAAACUGGCGGAGGAACGAAAGAGACAGACUCUGCGAAUGGUGGAGGAGGCGGUACGUAAAGAGACGCAGAUGGGGAACAAAGGUAACGUCGAACAGGAAAGCAAGUUAAACGACGUGUGCACGGACGACGAGAAUGACGAGGUGGAAUACGAAGCUUGGAAGUUACGCGAAUUGAAAAGGAUCAAGCGUGAUCGCGAGGAAAGAGAGCAGCUCGAGAAGGAGCGUCUGGAGAUCGAGCGUAUCCGCAAUAUGACCGAGGAGGAGCGGAGGCAGGAGGCGCGGCUGAAUCCGAAACUGAUCACCAAUAAAGCGGCCAAGGGAAAGUACAAAUUUUUACAGAAGUACUAUCAUCGUGGUGCAUUCUACUUGGACAAGGACGACACGAUAUUUAAACGUGACUUCUCAGGCGCGACCCUAGAGGACCACUUCGACAAGACGAUCCUGCCGAAAGUCAUGCAGGUGAAGAAUUUCGGACGCAGCGGUAGGACCAAGUACACUCAUCUGGUGGAUCAAGACACUACACAGUUCGAUUCACCUUGGAUAUCGGAAACUGCGCAAAAUCUCAAAUUCCACAAUAAUCAAGCGGCGGGAAUGAAACAAGUUUUUGACCGGCCUUCUUUGAAAAAAAGGAAAGCUGAAAAUUAAAUGCAAACAUUUUUAUUGCAUCUUUGUUUUUCUUUUCACAACAAUUAUAUAUGAAAACACUUGUGUAUAUAUAUAUAUGUAUAUAUAUAUAUAUAUAUCAUUGUUAGCAUAUAACUUAGAUAAACUUAGAAAAAAGAAACAUAUAUAUAUAUAUAUAACAUUUAAUAUGUUGGUUUAUAUUGUAUUGAUCCCUUUUAGAAUAAUAAUUAUCAUUCGUAUUUACAUAUUUUGAGUAAAAUAAAUUUUACUCAAAAUAUGGAAGCUAUCUACCUCGACAGUAAUAAAAAUCUUGUAAAAGUUUGACAUAAAUUUUUUAUGCAUAAGAAAAUAGGUCAUACAUUUUUGUAUGCAUAAGAAAAUCGAUAAGGUUUACAUAUAAGUAAUAUUAACGCGAUAAUAUUUAUUACUCAUCUCUUCUUUGACAUAAUAUACUCUCAACUUCUCUAUCGAAAUUUUAUAAUCCAUGUCCGCGUUUUACAAAGAUGUUUAGUAAAGAUAUUCUUAAACAACCGAUCCGAGUGACAUGUGUAAAUAUGAAUGAUAAUUAGUUAGCGUCGUCUUAACUAUAACAUAGAUUGGAAGAAAUACAUAUUUUUAAAAAAUUAUUCAUCAUUUCUAUAAUACGUAAUUAACUAAAAAAGUAUAAAAGCUACUUUAGCUUCUAAUAUGCGGUGCUAUACAUGUAUAUAACUAUUACAUUUCGAAUAUCCGAGAUAAUUGAGUACCCGGGUAUUGAUAGCACUAGAUCUUGCACUAAUCUGUAACGUGGCAUGUUGGAUUCGCACGAAAGAAUUGUUUGUUUGUUCGUAAGAUGAACACAAAAUGUCAUCUAUUAAUUUAUAUAAUUCAAUACUGUUUUUUUUUAUUUGGAAGUUUUUCAAUUUUUUUCUUAACAAAUCAAUAAUUCUAUGUAGGAACAGAUCUUAAUUCAUAUAUGCUUUAAAUUCAUCAU